AUGCAUCAUCUUGAAGAACUACUCAUCUUCUUCCCAUUCCUCCUUGGUUUAACCCUAACACUCAACCACAUCACUAAACUAACCACAUGGAUCUUCAACACCUGUCUCCGGUCAGAGAAAAACCUCAUCAAAACCUACGGUUCAUGGGCUCUGAUCACCGGAGCAACCGACGGAAUCGGAAAAGCCUUAUCUUACCAACUAGCCUACUCUGGUCUCAACCUCAUCCUCGUAAGCAGAAACUCAAAGAAGCUCGAAACAGUUAGAACCGAAAUCCAAACAAAACACUCUCACGUUCAGAUCAAAACCAUUACGAUCGAUUUUUCCGGCGAAGUUUCUUCGGGUAUUAAGGAAAUAGAAGCUUUGGCUAGGGUUUUGGAUCUUGGAGUUGUGAUUAACAAUGUUGGAAUUACUUACCCUAAGGCUAUGUUCUUUCAUGAAGUGAAAGAGGAAAUGUGGAUGAAGGUUGUUAGGGUUAAUAUUGAGAGUACAACUAGAAUAACGAAAGCGGUUUUGGGUGGAAUGCUGGAGAGGAAAAAGGGUACAAUUGUAAAUAUUGGAUCUGGUGCUGCGGUGGUUGUGCCUUCUCAUCCUCUCUUUACCAUCUAUGCUGCAACUAAAGCGUAA